GGCAACCCUCAUGUUUAACGUGGGGGAAGUAUUUAAAUAAGAAUAUGUAAGUCUAUUUAUAUUGUCAUCUAUUUUUACACGAAAGAUUAACGAAAGUAAAUAUGGUUGAAUGUGCCCCAUUCGAAACAUCUUAUCACCACGAUAGACAGAAAAGACCUGUAUUAAAGACGGAAGUUUUGCUUGUAUCUGCUCUUUUUAUUGGUGCAUUUUUGAGCCUCGGCUUUGAUGUGGUGUGUGGAAUUAUUCUAUAUAAAGUGUUCGAUACUGAUCCAACAUCCGGCAGUUACAAUUGGCAAAGUAGCCCUCAAGGGUUGUUAUUGUUUUUUUUUUUAUUCAUGAUGGGUAGUGUGAAUCUUGUAGGAGGAAUUUGUAUCCAUGAAAUGUAUGAAGAAGAAUUCUUUAAGAUGCUCGGGGGUUUGAAGUUUUUGUUGGCGAUGUGGUUGUUAUUCUUAAUAUAUGGAAUAUCUUCGAAGGCUCAUUUUUCGAUAUAG